UGCAUGCAAGACAGUGAAAAGUCCCAAGCAGCUCCUUGCAGCCUAUCAGUACAUGAGGACUACAUCCAGCAUCGCGUUGCACCUUAAACAGUAAUGGUUACAAUGUUUCAAGUGGCAUGCCAGCAAUUUAUCCUGGAAGCCCACUACUGGGCUGUUUGGGAGAGACUUGCUUUUCAUAGUAAUACCGCUUCUUUCGGGUGGACGCAUGCAUGGUACGACCACGGAGUGAUUCUGACUCCGUACACAUGCAAGUGAAGUCUCCGAUGCAAAUGAAGUCUCUGAUGCAAGAGAGAGCCUCUGCUGGUCAAUGGGGUCCGGAUAAAGUUGUCUCUUAAGUUUCCGAUCCCGUAUGGCCUUUCUCCCGCCUUCUUGGGCACAUUGUCACGUCCAAUAGCGUAGGAUACCGAGAGCACUUACAGGUUUUGUCAGGUUUAGACUGGAUCUUGAAUUGUUACCACAUCAAAGCACCAUAUCGUCAAAUUUCUUCCCGACAUGGCUUCUCAAACCGUUGUCUUUAUUUCAGGCGUUUCGCGAGGUAUUGGGGAAAUGCUUGCACAGACGUAUUUAUCUAAGCCGAACCACACAGUGAUCGGCAGCACGCGUAGUGGCGAAGCUGCAGGACCCAACUCGACUCCAGCAGCCAACGGAUCGAAAUUCAUUUCCGUAAAGAUCGAAUCUACUACCUUGUCUGAUCCUGAAGCAGCAGUCAAGGAGAUCAUCGCAGCCGGCAUUGACCAUGUGGAUGUUGUAGUCGCGAACGCUGGAGUGAGCCCAGCCCUACUACCACCGACAUCUGCGGAUCUAGACGAUGUGUCAAAAGCUUUCACUGUCAACACUUUGGGACCAUGGGCUCUUUUCAAGGCAUUUUUCCCGCUUCUGGAAAAGUCUAAGAACGCCAAAUGGGUUGCAAUCACCACUGCAGUCGCCUCUUUAGGCGCCAUGGAAGUUUUCGGAGCAUAUGUCGCACCGGGAUAUGGUAUCAGCAAGGUCGGACUCGGUUGGCUCACGCUAUCCGCUCACUGCCAAUAUAAAUGGCUCACAGCCUUUGUGCUGCACCCUGGUCUUGUCCAGACCGAUAUGGGUAAUGCGGCUGCUCGCAUGAUGGGGCUUGAGCAAGCCCCCGAUACUAAGGAAAAGAGCGCCCAGUCCAUCAUCGACAUAAUUGCUUACCAGUUGAAGAUCGAGAAAGCUACCAGGAAAGAGACCUCGGGCAAGUUUUUCAAUGCCAUCGACGGUGCUAUUAUACCUUGGUAG